UUCGCUUCUGAACGUGUGUGUGUAAUAUUCGAUGCGCUUACACAUACAUAUGAUGAACAGGAAUUCUCAGUUUAUUCAUCAAAUGAACACAAAUUUGUAAAUCCAAACGGAACGCCGACUUCAAUUGUUCGGUACUUACGGAAACAGAAACAUGGAAUCGUUUAAGCAGAACGACGGCAAUCGUGACGAGCUAAUUAUUCAGCAGCAGCGGGACAUCGAGAAGGAGAUCAGUGAUACUACUCCCUUGGUCAGCGAGCAGUUGCCCCUGACUUGCCUGUGGGCGGAGUACAAUGGCGACGAGAUCUUCACCGCCAAGAUCCAGGACCUCGCCAAGAAGUACAAGUUCAUUCGCCGCACCCGCCCCGAUGGCAAUUGUUUCUUCCGGGCCUUCGCCUACUCGUACUUGGAGUACUUGAUCUCAAACAGCAGUGCCUAUCAGGAGUUCCGCAAGCUGGCCGAGGAGUCCAAGGAGAAGCUAGUUCAGCUGGGAUUUCCCAGCUUCACCCUAGAGGACUUCCAUGAGACCUUCAUGGAGGUCAUCAAGCGCGUCAGUCCCGACAAUCCAGGCGGACACAGCCAGGUUCAGAGCGAGUUGCACAAAAUCUUCAACGAGCAGGGAUAUUCGGACUACGUGGUGGUCUACCUCCGUUUGAUUACCUCGGGAAAACUGCAGGAGGAGGCCGACUUUUACCAGAAUUUCAUCGAGGGGGACCUAACCAUCGAGGCCUUCCGGCAUCUCGAAGUGGAACCGAUGUACAAGGAGUCGGAUCACAUCCACAUAAUCGCCCUUUGCACUGCCCUCGGCGCAGGGGUACGGGUUGAGUACUUGGAUCGAGGCGAAGGCGGCACCGUCAAGGCCCACGAUUUCCCCGAGGGAACUGAGCCCAGAAUUUACCUGAUUUAUAGACCAGGCCACUACGAUAUACUGUAUCCAAAUUAAAUUGCUCUUAAUAGUUUCUAGAUCAUGGAACGAUUUAUGUAUAUAAGGUGUAAAAUAAAUUACCAUUUAUUUGCAUAUAAA